AUGUCAUCGUCAUCGCUGGCAGCAGGACCGUCUUCUUCUUCGUCAACCUCAAAGAAACGCGAGAGGAAGAAUCUGCCCGCAGAUAAAACGACGGUCAUUUCAUCGAGGCCUCCAUCCAAGGCCGACAUCCCAACCGCCGAUGCUCAUCUCGGCCUCCUCGUCGAGCAAUUGACCUUCAAUCCCCGAGCAUUCAUCGAUGCACUCGUAUACGUCGCCAAUGAAGCCCUCUACAGGCUAGGGGAAGACUUCGAACCAAAGGCCAUGCAGUUCCUCGUUGACACGGGAAUGCCAGAGCAUGACGCAGAGAGAGAGGCAGAGAAGGCAACUCACUCAAUUAUGACUCUGCUGGAAAAUGCCCUCGACCACGUCUUUGAUACCCUGGAGCUCUAUUCGCUCCAAUCCGUCUUCGGCCUCACAACACGCCAGGCAUCCCACAUCGUCCUACCUCACCACGCCGGCCUCGACUUGCGCUCAAGAGGGCAAAGCCACGCAGCAACGUCGAACACAGCACAAAGCGAAAGUACAGAGCUCAGCCAGCGACAACGCGUCCUCAAUCGCAAAAUCAGCGCAGCGAGGGCCACCUCGCACGCUUUGACCCUAGCUCUUCAAGCGUCACAGCGUCGUCUCACUCGAAUCAGAGGGGUGCACGCACUAGCUUUGACGCUGCUAGGACCUCAAGCGAGCAGUUUAUCACAAGGGGAAGACAAGGAACAACACCCGUCAUCCAUUGCAGAAGCCACUACCCGCCUCGGUCACGCCGUCAGCGUCAUCAAGGCAAAUCGUGCGCCCUUGUUGGCAGGUAUCGACAAAUUGCGCAAUCUUGACCCCUUGGGUGAGGCACUCAUUCACUCGACGUCUUCCCUUGGAUCCAUGGACGAGGCAGCAGCCGAGACAAAACCAAAGGCAGGACAGACAGCUGAUCAGCCUUGGAGCUCGGGGAGGGAGGGCUACCUACGAUGGCAGACGGAGCGCAUGCUCUCCUCCUCGCAAAGGUCGAUAGGAGCGAGUGUAGAGAGUAGUACUGAAGAAGGCAGCGGCGAUGUCAUAAGCGCGGGCGACGCAUCGUACCAGGACCGCAAAGGCUCACGCAAGAGGAAGAGCGCCCUCGCUGGGGCUGGGGAUGACAACUCGUCUGCGGCAGCGUCCAAGGGCAGGCCGAGCGUGCCGCUGCACUCGUCUGAGGGAGGGAUGGAGGGCGAAGAGGUCGGCAAGACGGGGGAAAUGGAGCAACUCGCCGCUCUUAUCCAGAGAAGGCCAGUCGCCGCGGCGGAAGAUUCAACAACAGGUGCUGCUACCACGCCUGCCAAGGGACGGGCGAGCACCUCGAGGAAAAGCCGCAAUUGA